GGCUAGUGUUAUUGUUCGAUUUAAAGAUUUUGGGGGGAAGCCGAGACUUUGCUAAUAUUGUGGAGAAUGUAAUCGACAAUCAGAAGUGUGACCUUAUUAAAAUCUAGGCGCACACAUGCCUGGCCUAGAUGCUUUUUUCCAUAUUACAGCAGCAUAUUUAGACAGGCUGAGGUAAGCUAGCAAGCUCGGUCCUAAAGAAGCCGAUGGAUGCGCGGGUUUCGGAGUUAUUUGGGUCAGCAAGCGGUCACAGCUCCGGUGGAUCUCAGGGAUCUACGUCUAACCACAAGCCAGGAAAUGGCAACGGGGUUGUCUCAAAAAAGACUGGUGCAAAGAACAAGAAAGCAAGAACUCGAUUUCCUCGCAACUUCAAACCGAGCAAUAACACACCGUAUCUACCCCCAGAGGCUGAAGAGGGAAACAUCGAAUACAAGCUAAAGCUGGUGAACCCCACACAAAACCGCUUUGAGCACCUGGCAACACAAAUGAAAUGGCGACUGCAGGAGGGUCGAGGCGAAGCCGUCUAUCAAAUAGGUGUCGAGGACAAUGGCAUGCUGGUGGGACUGUCGGAGGAGGACAUGAGGGCGUCGCUGAAAACACUCCAUAGGCUGGCCGAGAAGGUGGGAGCUGACAUUGCAGUUCUCAGAGAACGAGAGGUAGAAUACGACUCUGAUGUUCCUCGGAAGAUUGCUGAAGUUCUCAUACGAAAGGUCCCCGAUGAUCAGCAGUUCUUAGACCUACGAGUGGCGGUCCUGGGUAACGUGGACUCUGGUAAGUCCACUCUGUUGGGCGUUUUAACACAAGGUGAGCUGGACAACGGACGGGGAAGAGCGAGACUCAACCUCUUCAGGCACCUGCAUGAAAUCCAGACUGGGCGCACAUCUAGCAUCAGCUUUGAGAUUCUCGGCUUCAACAGCAAAGGAGAGGUUGUAAAUUACAGCGAGUCUCGCACUGCAGAGGAGAUCUGCGAGAGUGCCUCUAAAAUGAUCACCUUCAUAGAUCUGGCCGGUCACCACAAGUACCUGAAAACCACCAUUUUUGGCCUCACCAGCUACUGUCCAGACUUUGCCAUGCUGGUCGUUAGUGCAAACACUGGGAUCGCCGGUACGACAAGAGAACAUCUGGGUCUCGCCAUGGCCUUGAAGGUCCCCAUCUUCAUUGUUAUCAGCAAAGUAGACCUCUGCACCCGAGCCACUGUGGAGCGCACGGUGCGGCAGCUGGAGCGGGUCCUGAAACAGCCGGGCUGCAACAAGGUGCCCAUGGUUGUCGGCAGCACCGACGAUGCAGUCACAGCAGCACAGCAGUUCGCACAGUCGCCCAGCAUCACGCCCAUCUUCACCUUAUCCAGUGUGACUGGUGAAAGCUUAGACAUGCUCAAGGUCUUCUUCAACAUCAUCCCUCCCCUCAGCAACAGCAAAGAGCAGGAGGAGCUUAUGCAACAGCUCACAGAGUUUCAAGUGGAUGAGAUCUACACAGUUCCAGAAGUGGGGACAGUGGUAGGAGGCACUCUGUACAGUGGAAUAUGUCGCGAGGGGGAUCAUCUUGUAGUAGGGCCCACAGAGUUGGGCCAGUUCCACAAGCUGACCGUUGGCAGCAUCCAAAGAAACCGCUCGGCGUGCAGGGUACUCAGGGCGGGCCAGGCUGCAACGCUUGCUCUGGGAAACUUCGACCGCUCACUAUUACGCAAGGGUAUGGUGAUGGUGAGCCCAGAGAUGGAUCCUACUAUCUGCUGGAUGUUUGAGGCUGAGAUUGUCCUGCUUUUCCAUGCCAAGACCUUCCACAAAGGCUUCCAGGUUACUGUGCACAUUGGAAAUGUGAGACAGACCGCCACAGUGGAAGCUGUUUAUGGCAAGGAGGAGCUGAGGACAGGCGAAAAAGCAGUGGUUCUCUUCAAGUUCAUCAAACACCCUGAAUAUUUGAAGGUGGGGGCUAAGAUGCUCUUCAGGGAGGGCGUGACCAAAGGUAUUGGUCAUGUCACCAACUUGCAACCCAUUUCCUAUCACCACCAACAUUUUCAAGGGCAGGAUGAGAAAGCCUGAAGUUCGUUUUUUUCAGACCAUCGCAGCUUUGAAAACUCCGUCCCAGCCCAAAAAAAAAACCAAGGUGCUUUACGGACUACAUCACACCUCUCAAAGGCCUUUUGGACCUCUGCUAGCAAAGUAAACAUCUGCUGCCGGAUCUUAUUGUUUUUGUCAACUUUUUUUUUUUUUUUUUUCCUCCACAACCUCCUUACCAUCAUGCUUGUUUUAUCUUCUUUGACUUUGACAGUACUGAUAUUUUAAUUCCCGUACCGGCUUUCAGGUUUAAAUUAGUUGCAAUUCUUGGCACUGAAACAUGUACAUUUUAAGGGGAAAAAAUAGAUCAAUUGAAACAUUUUACGUCAGUGUUGAAGAGCUGCUAAUAAACUGGACUCCUAAAUGCACUCCUCACACACACACACACACACACACACACACACACACACACACACACUGAUCUGCAUUGAGCACUGCCAGCGAUGGUUUCUGUGUGGAAGAAUUUUUUUUUGUUUUGCAAAGAAUGAGAUAUUUUAACAUGGUGCAAAUGGCAUCACUGUUGUGAAAUAAGUGAUUAUCGGUGAACAACAGAAUCUGAUCUGCUACAAGCACAGUGCCUGAUAAACGCAAGAGCUUAGUAUUUAAAUAUAUGUAAGGUGUUUUAUUCACUCAAACUGCCAUGAGGAUUCAGCUUUUUUGUAAAUUGUAUUUAAACUGCAACUAUAGCUUCACACUGCCGACUGUGCAACGGGAGAUGGAGUAAUUUUAAAUUAGUCAUUCUAAAUCGAGAGAAAAAUGUAAAAUUAAAAAGUCAAAGGGAAGAGUUUAAAGCUCAAAUGUAUCACAGUUGAAAUUAGCAUUGUUUUUUAAAUUGUUGCUUUUGCUUUGCCUUUUUUAUAUCAGGCUUUACAAAAAAAAAACAACAAAAAAAAACAGUAAACCCAGCAAACUUUGCAUUUGCAUACUUCAAAAGUCAUGUGCUAUGCUGGACAAACAGUCAGUUGGAUCUGAAUCACCAGCAAUGGCAUGUUGACCUGACUGGGGUGGG